CAACAACAACGCCACUAGGCAGAAAAGUCCAGAUAAGGACACCCUUGCAUAGGGCAUCACACGAGACCGAUUCGGCUGCGCGCUUCCAAGGGCCGUGCUCUCUGCUCUCCGCCUUCCCGCUGCGCACCGGCAACCACCUGAUCGACCGCUACUAGGUUAGCAUCUUGUCGCCAGCGUGGCUGAUUGUGAAACCCAAAGUCCCUCUGGCAGUCCCGACCUCGCCUUCGGAGCCCAUUUCAACACACAGGUUCAAGUCGACAAAUCAUCACACCUGCCACCUCGAACGCUUGUGCGCCGACGCAGCCAUGUCAGACUCGGAGUCUGUAGAGUACCUCCAGCCGGGCUUCGACCCCAAGACGCUGACGAUCCCGCGCCUCCGCUCCAUCCUCGUGGCACACAACAUACCCUACUCGUCCAGCGCCAAAAAGGGCCAGCUCAUCGAGAUUUUCAAUGAGGAGGUCGUGCCCCGCUCCAAAAAGAUCCUCGCCGACCGCGCGCGCGCGAAGCGGUCGAGCAAGGGCAUCGUCGACGCCGGGGGCUCUCAGAGCAGCGUCAAUCCGUUUGAUGACUACGACGACCUCCCGCCGCCGACAUCUCGCGCAUCCACGCUGCGCCGGUCCAAGUCCCCGCGAAAGGCAGCAGUCCCGGUGGUCAAGUCGGAAGAGCCGGAGUACGAUGGACAGCCGAUGUUGAGUCCUGCCAAAGCUCGCCGGCCUCGCCAGACAAGUCGACAGCCUCAGCCCGAGGAACCCGAGCCCGCGCCUGAGCCCGCGCCCGAGCCCGUGCCCGAGCCCAGCUAUGGCACGGCCAGGAGGAGAGUGCGCCAGACCAGCGGUGCGCCUCCUCAGAUAAAGUCUGAGGAGACAGACGAGGGAUUCUUCCGACGUGAGUCUGGAGCCUUCUCGAGGGAAAACCCAUUCCAGAGCGCAAGCUCCCCGCCGUCUGCCGAAAAGGCACCCCUUGUACGGAGAAAGACGCCCAGCGCUGAGACCCCUAGAGCCGUCAGUGGCGCGUCCGUAAAGCGUGCGCCGCGCGCGUCAUCCGCGAACGUUGUGCGCACUCCACCUCCCGUCGAACAGCACUACGAUACACCUGAGCCCGAAUAUGCCGAAGACGAGAUGGGGUACCUGGAGCCCGGGGAGGAAUUCACACCAGAGGAGCAACUGGAGCUUGCCGCAGAGGAAGCCCUCCACGGAGAGCGUUCACUGGCGCCCGUACGUCGGUCCACGACAAAGUCUUCUGGUCCUGGCUGGGGCACUCCCAUCUCGGUCGUCCUCGUGACAGCUUUGGCUGCGUAUGCUGGCUGGUUCAGGCAGGAGAAGAUUGCUGUCGGUUACUGCGGAGUUGGCCAGACGGUGAGCUCGAUACCUAACGAGAUUGAGGUCCCGGAGUGGGCGCACGCGGUGUUGCCUCCAGUGCUCAACGUCCCAGACUUUGUCAUUGAGAGCGUCGAGCCUCAAUGCGAGCCCUGCCCAGCCCACGCUUACUGCUACGCCGAUUACUCCGUCCGUUGCGAGCAGGACUACAUCCUUAAGCUGCACCCUUUCUCGCUUGGUGGCAUCAUUCCUCUGCCCCCGACCUGCGAACCUGAUGGCGAGAAGGUCAGGCGUGUGCAGACAGUAGCAGACAAGGCUGUCGAGGAGCUUCGUGAGAGGACAGCAAAGUUUGAGUGCGGGGAGCUCGUGAACGAGGAAGGUGCCAAGGUCGAGACGCCGGCGAUUGAAGAGCAGGAACUCAAGGGCAUCAUCAACCAGAAGCGGAGCAAGAAAAUGAGCAAUCAAGAAUUUGAGGACCUUUGGGCUGCUGCUCUGGGCGAGAUCACGCAGAGGGAGGAAGUCGUCGUCGAGACACAGGAAGCCCGAGAUUCCGGCGGCGUUUCUACCCGACUAUCGUCCACCUCUCUCGCUCGCGUUCCGCUCACAUGCGCAGUCAAGCGAUCAAUCCGACUCGGCCUGGCAAGACAUCGUCUCAAAAUUAGCGCUGUGAUUGCCCUAGCGCUCACGGUGCUGUACGCGCGGGCGCGCUUCCUGAGCGAGCGUGCCGCAAACGCGCAGGUGCCCGCCCUCGUCGACGUCGUGCUGGACCGCCUGGCCGCGCAAAAGCAGGCCGUCAUCGAGGAGGGCUAUCUCGGCGAGGAGAGCACCGAGGACCCGUGGCUGUUCCUGCCCAACUUGCGCGACGAUGUGCUGCGCUCGAUCCACUCGCUGUCCAAGCGCGAGCGCCUCUGGCAGCGCGUGAUCAAGUGGGUCGAGCAGAACAGCAACGUCCGCACGGGACAGCGCGAGGGUCGCAACGGCGAAGUUGGCCGCGCCUGGGAGUGGAUCGGCCCCGUGGCCGGCGCGAUCGAGGGCGGCAGCGGUGUUGGAGGUGGUGGUGGCCCAGGCUCUGCGCUGGCCCGGCGGAGACGGAGUCAGCGCUACUCAUACGGCGCCGUGUCCAACGCCGGCUCCGAGUCAGCCGUCAAGUCAGAGCAGGACCACACCGGCACGCCCGAGGCUGCGGCCGACCGGUCACUGAUCCAUAGGAAGUGGGACGAAGGAAGCGGCUCGUCGCGGCCGAUAUAUUGAGACGGAGCGUGGGGGGUGACGCGGUUGAAGCAGGCGGGGAGACGGGCAUAAACUUGAUAUCUUUUAUGACUUCGCUUUUCCCCCUUCUUUACAUAAACACACCAACAUGAACUUCUUUUCUUUUCCUUGCCUAACAAUCUACUUUUUUUCCAUCUUCUCUCGGCCGGUCUCUCUCUCAUGUGUCGAUAUCCAGCUUUUUUCUUGUUUUGGUCUCUUUAUAUCCUCUUUUCAUCCGUUCUUCUUGAGGUCAUUCCUUCCUUUCUUUAGAUGGGAAAUCAUUAUUGCCAGCGCGGCUCGA